UUGUGUGCUUGAAAUGCCAUUUUUCAGUGUAUGAUGUCCUUCAAGCAAGUUGUCAGUGUUUUAUCAGCUUUUCUCAACAGCUGUACAGCAGCAAGAUGCUGGCCAGUGUGGGUGAGCACACCUGGACCUGAAUAUCCACUUGUGCUCUGGAAGUACUCCCGUAUUUUUCAUUAGAAUAGAGCCUUUAAGCUCUGCAUGAUGUAAUUUGCUUACAGAAGGGAGAAUGUCUUAUAAGGGCUUUCAAGAAAGCAGACCAAGAUUCUCCAACUUGCUUACUGGUCAGUGCUGGAUAUUUCUGAAGAAAGGUCUAGAUGACUUCAGAGAUGGCUUUCCUCCUUCACCUGGUAACAUGCUUGUUAAUGGCAGGAAGCAGCCUGUCUCAAUUACCCUUGAGAACAGCACACCAAAAUCUUUGUCCAGAGCUCCAUGGAAGAAAAGGAACCAGUGCAGCAGAGCAGAGGUCUGUCUUUGCAAGCUCAGCCUGCUACAGCAAGCCAGGAAGGAUUAUGUUGCACAGAAAGAGUGCUAUCUGAGCCAGCAGCCUUCAGUGUGCUACCCAUGCUUGGAAAAGAGCACCUCCCCAAAGAUCCUGAAAGAGGUUGCAGGUGUCCUGGAUCCUGACAUGAUGCUGAAGAGUAAAACUGGCUACAGUGACUAUGAACAGGAGAACCAGCCUGGUCAGGAGGUGCUGGGUCAUAUGGAGGACAUGCAAAGCAAAGUAACAGCUUCCAAGACACAGGUACAUGGCAAAGAGUCUUGAAUCAAAACCCCAUGCAUACAGCUUCUCAAGAAGGUAGCAGCAAGAAUAAAGGAAGCCACACUGGCUGACUUUGUUCACUGUGACAAACAUGUAAAGCAAGCAACCAAGCAUUUUUGUGACUGGCUUGUCUUCGGUAAGUAAAACGAAACUGCCACUACCUGCUUUCUUUGAUUCUGUAGACUUAUUUGCUACUUUUUAGGCUAAAUGUGUUUGGGCUCAAGAAGUAAAAAUGUGACUCUGGAUGUGCAAAUCUGAGAGCCAAAGUCAAAACCAGCAUUUGACUCACAGCUCUGUCCUGUUGGGACUAAUGGGGCUUAGCCCACUAAAGUGAAAAGCAAGGAAUAAAUAUCGCUAUACAAAAUUACUAAUUAAGUUUGCUGCAGAAUAUUUUUUUUUUCCCCAGGAAAGCCAUCCAUGUCCAAAUGACCAUUUAACUGCCUCACCUUGUAGCAAUCCCCUUUCAUAUGAGAUUAAUACACCAAUGCAUGUGUUAGAUCCGAACUUUGUGCUUGCCUUGUCACUGUGAUGAUUCUAAUGCAAGCAUACUUGUAGAUCAGCUGAAACUAUGACACUGAGUUGAGUUUAACAAUAGU